UGACAGACUCUCAAUGUAACAGAGAGGACUGGGAACUACUGAUUACCCUUCUUCGUGGGCUGUGAUUUUCAGACAGACUGCCAGAGGGCCAUAGUGUCUGCCCUGUCCCUUCUGCUGAGUCGUGAUAUGCAGCACAGAUGAAAAUGGCAACUCCCAGGCCCUUCCUCCUGCUCGACCUCCUUGUGUACCUCAGCUUGGUCCAGCUACUCACCCCUUGCUCAGCUCACUUUGCUGUGAUUGGACCCCCUGGGCCCAUCCUGGCUAGGGUGGGUGAAGAUGCUGAUCUGCCCUGUCACCUGUCCCCAGCGAUGAGUGCAGAGUCCAUGGAGCUGAGGUGGGUGAGGUCUAGCCUUAGGCAGGAGGUGAAUGUGUAUGCAGAUGGAAAGGAAGUGGAAGACAAACAGGCCGCAGCCUAUCGAGGGAGAACUUCGAUUCUAAGCGACAGCAUCAGUGCAGGGAAGGCUGCUCUCCGAAUAUACAAUGUCAGAGCCUCUGACAGUGGAAACUACCUCUGUUAUUUCCAAGAUGGCAAAUUCUAUGAAAAAGCCAUCGUGGAGCUGAAGGUUGCAGCACUGGGUUCUGAUCCUCACAUAGAAAUGAAGGGUUAUGAGGAUGGAGGGAUCCACGUGGACUGCACCUCCACUGGCUGGUACCCCCAGCCCCAAAUACAGUGGAGAGAUGCCAAGGGACACAGCAUCGCGGCUGUGACAGCGCCUGUGGUUGCAGACGAAGCAGGACUGUAUGCAGUGGCAGCAUCCGUGGUCCUGAGAGGUGGCUCUGGGGAGGGGCCAUCCUGUACCAUCAGCAAUUCCCUCUUCAGCCAGGAAAAGACAGCCAGGAUUUCCAUCGCAGGCCCCUUCUUCAGGAGCGCCCAGCCCUGGAUCACAGCCCUGGCAGCGACCCUGCCGGCCUUGUUGCUGCUGCUCGCGGGGGCCGCUUACUUCCUGUGGCGACAGCAGGAGGAGAAAAAGGCUCUGUCCCAGGAGAAAGAGCGAGAACAGGAGGAGAAAGAAAAGGCUCAGGCCGAAAAGGAGCAGGAACGAAGCGCGAGAGAGAAGCUCCAGGAGGAACUCGAGUGGAGAAAAAUCCAGUACAUGACUCGUGGAAAGAAGUCUUCAGCCUAUGCUGAAUGGAAAGACGCCCUCUUCCAAGCUGCUGAUGUGAUUCUGGAUCCAGACACAGCAAACCCCAUCCUCCUUGUUUCUGAGGACCAGAGAAGUGUGCAGCGUGCAGAGGAGCCACGGGAUCUUCCAGACAGCCCUGAGAGAUUUGAUUGGCGUUACUGUGUGCUUGGCUGUGACAGCUUCACAUCAGGGAGGCAUUACUGGGAGGUAGAAGUGGGGGACAGGAAAGAGUGGCACAUCGGGGUGUGUAGAGAAAACGUGGAGAGAAAAGGUUGGGUUAAAAUGAUACCUGAGAAUGGAUACUGGACUAUGGGGCUAUCUGACGGGGAGAAGUAUCGGGCUCUCACGGAGCCCAGGACCGAACUGAAGAUUGCUGAGCCCCCUAGAAGAGUGGGGGUUUUCCUGGACUAUGAGUCUGGAGAGGUCUCAUUCUACAAUGCUCUGGAUGGCUCUCAUGUCUACACCUUUCCUCACACCUCCUUCUCUGGGCCUCUGUGUCCUGUUUUCAGAAUUCUGACUUUCGAGCCCACCGCCCUGACCAUUUGCCCAGUGUCAAAAGGAAUGAAAAGUCGCUUUGUCCCUGACCCACUUCCUGACCUUUCCCUGGAGACCCCAGUGACCCCGAGCUUAGCUAAUGGGAGAUGGGAGCCUCAGGUUGAUGUAAGGUCUCUGCUUCUCCCUGCCCAGUCCGGAGCUGAGGGCGUCCUCCUCCAAAACUGGACCAUGCUUUGCAAGAGAGUAAAUACCACUGAUACUGAAGAAAGCUCUCAGGUGGAGAAGAAAGGCAGGCACGCCCUGGUCCCUGCCUGUACCGAUGACUCCGUCCUUGUACGUAUGGAGCCAGCUGCCUCCGGACCCUUCUCCCUGCCGGCCGCCCUUCUCCUCUCCCUGCUCCUCAGCCUGUUUGCACGAGUCUCAGCACAGUUUACUGUCGUGGGACCAGCAGAUCCAAUCCUGGCCAUAGUGGGAGACAACAUCACAUUAAGCUGCCACCUGUCUCCCGAGAAAAAUGCUGAGGACAUGGAGGUGCGGUGGUUCCGGUCGCAGUUCUCCCCGGCGGUGCUGGUGUAUAAGGGAGGGCUAGAGAGAGCAGAGGAGCAGAUGGAGGACUACCAAGGAAGAACCACCUUUGUGAGCAACGACAUCAGCAGGGGGAGUGUGGCCCUGGUCAUACACAACGUCACAGCCCAGGAGGACGGCUUCUACCGCUGUUACUUCCAAGAAGGCAGAUCCUAUGAUGAGGCCAUCCUGCGCCUCAUGGUGGCAGGCCUGGGAUCUAAGCCCGUCAUUGAAAUGAAGGGCCACGAGGACGGGGGCAUCCGGCUGGAGUGCACAUCUGGAGGGUGGUACCCCGAGCCCCGUGUGGUGUGGAGGGACCCCUACGGUGAAGUCAUGCCCGCCCUGGAGGAGGCUUACACGGCUGAUGCAGACGACCUCUUCACGGUCACCACAGCUGUGAUCAUCGUUGAUUCCUCCAUGAGAAACAUUACCUGCUCCGUCAACAACAUGCUGCUUGGCCAGAAGAAGGAAACUGUGAUUUUCAUCCCAGAAUCCUUUAUGCCCCACACAAUUCCCUGGACAGUGGCCCUGGCUGUCUUCCUGGCUAUUCUGAUCAUCCUCCUGGCUGGGAGCGUCUGUCUCGUCAAGAAACUCCACAGGGAAAAAGAGAUUUUGUCAGGGGAAAGGGAGUGUGAACAUGAAGAGAAAGAAAAUGCACAGCAACUUCAAGAAGAAUUGCGGUGGAGAAGAACCCUCCUACAUGCUGCUGAUGUGGCGCUGGACCCAGACACCGCUCACCCUGAGCUCUACCUGUCAGAGGACCGGAGAAGUGUGAGGCGGGGCCCUUCCCGGCAGAGGGUGCCUGACAACCCGGAGAGAUUUGACUGUCGCCCUUGUGUCCUGGGUCAGGAAAGCUUCACUUCAGGGAAACAUUACUGGGAGGUGGAGGUUGAAAACGUGAUGGUGUGGACCGUGGGGGUUUGUAGAGAUGGUGUUGAGAGAAAAGGACAGGCCCUGCUGGUCCCUGAGAAUGGCUUCUGGACCCUGGAGAUGUUUGGAAACCAGUACCAGGCCCUGUCAUCCCCUGAUAGGAUUCUCCCUCUGAAAGAGCACCUUGGCCGGGUGGGCGUCUUCCUGGACUAUGAAGCUGGAGAUGUCUCCUUCUACAACAUGAGGGACAGAUCACACAUUUACACGUGUCCCCGUUCAGUGUUUUCUGGGCCCCUGAGGCCCUUCUUCAGGCUGGGGUCUGAUGACAGCCCCCUCUUCAUCUGCCCAGCAUUCACAGGGGCUUAUGGUAUCGUGGUGCCUGAGGACGGCCUGAUACUUCACAGGGUAGGGACCCACCAUAGCUCACAGGACCAAUUCCCUGGUCUCAGAGGCACAUAGAAAAGCCCUGGCCACCUCAGCUUCAUUUGCACAGUGUCCUCUGCUGGAAAACGGGCCCUUCUUCCCUCUGUCACACAAGAGAACAUCUUCCAGCUGCCUCCUUCUCACCCACUGCAGGCAGCAGCCCCAGCUCUCCCCUCACU